AUGACGGGUUUGGUUAAAACUGUGCCUGACAACUUGACCUUUAUAUCACACUACUAUGACCAGCAGGCAAUGCCAACUGCCAGGCUUUCCCAGUGCCCGGAAGGGGGAGGAAUGCCAGCGCUUCCAGGGAUUGUCCAAAAAUACGCUCACUUUAGGGAUCCCGUCCACGUGCAGUAUCUGUGCCUUCAGCUGCACUACUUUCGACAGCGGGACGAGAGCCGUUCCCUUGUGCAACCGGGACGCAGACGCAGUAAAGGGGAGAAGUGGGAGACACUGCUUCAGUUGCCUACCCCUGCCCUGCUCUCCGCACAGGGCGGUGUCAUGGUGCCCUUGGAGAUCGUCCUCUUGAAGAAAGUGGGCUCUGGCUUCAGGGGGGUCAUCAAGCUGCUGGACUGGUACGAGCGGCCCGAUGGCUACCUGAUCAUCAUGGAGCGGCCAGAGCUGGUGAAGGACCUCUUCGACUUCAUCACGGAGAAGGGCGCACUUGAUGAGGACACGGCCCGUGGCUUCUUCCGGCAGGUCCUGGAGGCAGUGCGCCACUGCUACGGCUGCGGCGUGGUGCACCGGGACAUCAAGGACGAGAACCUGCUGGUUGACCUCAGAACAGGCGAGCUGAAGCUAAUCGACUUCGGGUCCGGGGCACUCCUCAAGGACACGGUCUAUACUGACUUUGAUGGUACGUGCCCUCCCCGCCCACAGCAGCUCUGCUGCACCAGGUUUGGCCAGACCCUGCGCUCCUCCCUGGGUGAUGUCCUGUAGCCGCUUCUUAUCCCGUUUCUGGCGCCUCGAAGUAGCGAGCAGGGGCGGUUAUAUUUCAGGAGGAGAAUCUCACCUGAAUGUCAGCAGCUGAUCAAAUGGUGCCUUUCACUGAGGCCUUCAGACAGACCAACACUCGAGCAAAUUUUUGACCAUCAAUGGAUGCACAAAUCUGAAGUAGUGAAGUCUGAGGACUGUGACAUAAGGCUACGGACCCUUGAUACUGAUGUAUCUAGCACAAGCUCAAGUAAUGAGAGUCUGUGAAUUACUAAGGACCUCGCACUGGGAGGGGAGCUACAAGCAGAAAGACCACAGUGCUGCUGCCAAUACGUAGGAGGGGCUAGAAAAAUGCAUUCAUUAUUCUGUAGUUGAAUCUUUGUCUGAGGGACUUGAUUUUAUUUUCCCCUUUUGCUGGUUUCUGCUUUGGAAUGAGAGAUUUCCUUUGGAAACGCUGAUAUUUGGGAGUUGCAGGCCAGUACUUAGUCCAAGACUGACCUUAUUAAGAAAGCAGUGACCUCUUGAAUACAUGGUAAACUUUUUUGCUCUCAUAGAGCCUGGACUAGAUUUUAUUUGCUUUUGAGUGCCUUUUUGAAAGCUGCUUCAGUGGGACUUUCUUUUUUGAGCUGUGUAUGUCCAAAGAAGAUCCAGUUCAUUAUAGGAAUUUACUUCCUUUAGACUCAGUGCUGAAGGAAGCAGCUCCUAUGAUGCAUUGGAGAACAUGUUCGGUGAUUGAAUGAAGUAGUCCCAUCCACUGGUGAUGGAAUACUUGAACACAGACAUUUCACUCCUGCCCCGCUGCCCUUUCCAAAUCCAACCCACCUCUGCUGCUCAAAAUAUUUCCUAUAGCCUGCACAGAAAUAUGAACAGGUAUAUCAGCUUUUUUUUUAUCAGAAACAUUUAUUCAUGUUUCCUUUUAUCAUCUCUACCACUGGGCAUGAGAAGCCCCUUUCUCAACUCCCCCUGGCCUUUUGUCACCCUGCGAGUCUUAAGUACGUAUGGGCAUGUUGAAUGCACAAUCAAUGCAAUAUUCAAGGACUUUACUUUUUUUCCAUACCUGUAUAAUGUGUUUAUGUAAACUUGGUUUCCCCAUGUACUAUACAGUUAUUUAUUGUUUGAAGUUUAGAAGACCUCCCACAGGUUUCAGCUGUGGCUAUUUAUUUGGUUAAUUUAUUUGGUUAGAGUUAUUCAACACUGUGCUUUCCCCUCCUCUUCCCCAUGGGAAUUCUGGUGGUUUGCCCAUGGCACUUUUUUUUCUGCAUUCCUGUCAACUUUUCUUUUAAAAAAGACGACAAAAAAAAAAUCUGACCUUAUCAUUUUUUUUUGGAAGAUGGAAAAUUGUUGUACAAAGUCUAAUUUAAGGGAAAUAGAAUGACUUUUAAAGUUAGUCAGUAUGCCUUUUGUCUGGUAUUGUACCAGAAAUGUAAAGUAAUGCUGUUUGGAAGGGUUUUAAAUUAUUGACAUUGUACAGUCUCCGUGCAUUGGCUCUGGAAGGUAGAGUGGCAGAGUCAUAAACUUUAAUUUAUUUUAAUAGCUGUGUUUCUGUGAUCUGGUUGCAUUUAUGCAGCUUGGAUUUGGAUUUUUUUCUUCUGUUUAACAGUGUGAAAUGUAUGGAGAUCAUAUUUUUUAUACAGGUAUUUCAAUUAAACUUUUUUUGUAUAUAACA